AUGGUAUGGAUUUGUUGGGACCCAAGUGGAUCCUUUAUUAAGGCUAUUGAUGUACAUGAGCAAGUUAUUACUUGCCAUGUCCAUUCUGUUGAUAUGGGAAGGCCUUGGAUGUUCUCUGUGGUGUAUGGUGCCACUCAAGGGUUGGAAAGGAGAUUUUUGUUGCAAAAACUUCAGUACAUUAAAACUUUAGUUAGCUGCCAUCCGUGGCUCUUGGUUGGUGAUUUUAAUGUAGUGAUGACUGUUCAGGAAAAGUGGGGAGAUGCUGGAAUUUCUUGCUAUGAAAAAGAUUUUGAAGACUGUAUUCUCGGACUGGAGGUGGAUGACCUUGCGCAUACAAGAUGCUUUCAUAACUGGACUAACAAUCAAGUUGGUUCAGCUUUUGUUUCUAGGAAGCUUGAUAGGGUCAUGUCUAAUUUGGUGUGGUUGCAACAUUUUGGCAAUACCUCUAUUGAGUUUCUUGAGAGGGGGUUAUCCGAUCACUCACCAGCUUUGGUGACUAUGGCUAAGUUUAUUAGUUAUGGUCCCAAACCGUUUAAAUUCUUCAAUUUUUGUGCUGAGCAUGCUCAUUUCAUGGAUUGGAUUGGUGAUAGUUGGAGAGUUGAGAUGAAUGGAUAUGCUAUGUUUAGACUUUAUGCUAAACUACAAGCUGCAAAGAAUAUGUUGAAACAGAAAAAUAUGGAGGAUUUUGGGGGGCUUGGACAGAAGGUGCUUCAAGGUAGACACAAUUUGGCUAAAGUUCAAGUUGAAUUUCUUGCUUCUAGAGGUAAUACAAAAUGUCAUCGUAGAAAUAAGGAAUGUUUGCAUCUUUUCAUUUCUAUUUCUAGUGUUGAGGAGAAUUUUUUGAAGCAAAAGUCCUAUAACAAAUGGUUGAAUUUAGAGGAUGGAAAUAAUGUUUUCUUUCACAACUCGGUUAAGAAGCUUAUUGUUAGUUCCUCCCAUGUUUUUUCUUCUGCGAAGGCCAGAAGGGUUGCUGGUCUCAUUAAGAGGAAGUUUUUUGAGAACUGUAUUGCUGGAAUGAAUGCUCCAGUGACAAGGGUUGAGAUUGCAAAGGUGAUGUUUGCUAUGAAUAAACAUAAGGCACUAGGCCUGGAUGGUUUUUCUACUGGAUUCUUCCACAAGGCUUGGCCUAUUGUUGGGGGAGAUGUGUGUGAUGCUACCCUUGAGUUCUUUGACUCUGGCCUGCUUCUUAAGAAGGCUAAUUCAACUAUUCUUAUGCUGGUCCCAAGAAGAAGAGCCCCUCUUCUAUGGGAGAUUACCGUCUCAUUUCCUGCUGCAAUGUUGUGUCUUGAUGAUGUCAUUAAUGCACAUCAAGGUGCUUUUAUCCCUAGCCAAGGUAUAGCUGAGAAUAUUUUACUGGCUCAGGAAGUGGUGAAUGAUUAUCACAAGGAGAGAGGGAAAAAAGGACUUAGACAAGGGGAUCCAUUGUCCCCUUAUCUUUUUGUCCAAGCUAUGGAGGGGCUAGCUCUUUCGCUAGAGGAGGUUUUUCAUUCUCAUCUUUUUGUUUUCCAUCCUAAAUGUAAUUUGAUCAAGCUACAUCAUCUCUGCUUUGCGGAUGACCUACUGAUAUUCUCUGAACGUUCCAUUGAUUCUGUCCAAGCCAUUCUUGCUGCUAUUUCGAGGUUGAAGGCUAAUCCUUCUAAGAGUUCGGUUUUCCUGGCUAGUGUUCCUCCUAUUGUGAAUGAUGUGAAGGCCAAGGCAAAAGUGUCUUGGGAUAAGAUCUGUAUGCCUAAGAAGGAAGGAGGUUUAGGAAUCAAGAACAUUGAGGUUUGGAAACAAGCUUCAAUUUUGAACCUCAUUUGGAACCUUUUCACCAAAGCUGGUUCUCUUUGGGUGGCAUGGGUUAAUAUUAAUUGGUUAAAGGGUAGGAGUGUGUGGCAGAUUCCUAUCCCUAAGUCAUGCUCUUGGAGCUUGAAGAAGAUCUUGAAAUUGAGAGACAUUGCUAAGAAGUUUAUCCGGUUUAAGGUGGGUGAUGGUAGUAAAAUUUUUCUCUGGUUUGAUCAUAUGCACCCAUCUAGAUAUUUGUUGGAUACUUUUGGAUAUAGAGUAGUUUAUGAUUCAUACCUUACUUUGGAGUCUAAACCUUCUUCUAUUAUCCUUCAUGGGCAGUGGUUUUGGCCUAGUGCCCGGUCUGAUGCUUUGGUUGAUAUUCAAGUUCAGCUCCCGGAGAUUGGCCUUGGAGGUAUUGAUACUCCUAUUUGGGAUUCCAGGAGAGACACCUACUCUUUUUCAGAGACUUGGGAUAAGUUGAGAGGCUAUAUAGGUGCUGUCAAUUUUCUCUUUUGUCAUGGCUGUAUGGAGGAUAGGGACGAUCUCUUUUUUGGUUGCAGCUUUAGCUGGCGAGUUUGGAGAGUUGUCAUGGCUGUUUGCUUGAUUGAAAACCCUCCUAUAUACUGGGAUGAGGUUUUGCAAUGGGGUAUUGCUAUGUUCCAUGGUAAGACUACAUGCUUGGGGAGGCUCUGUAUUGGGGUUGUGGUGUAUCAUCUUUGGAGGCAAAGGAACAACAUUCAGCAUGGAAACACCCCACGAACAGAAGAGGCUUUAGUUGCUCAAAUUCUUUGGGAAGUGCAUGCUAGAGUGCUGGCCAGAGGAAAUAUCAAGGGGUUGUCUAAACAUAUGUCUCUUGAUAUUGUUGGAAGUUGCAAUCCUUGUUAUGAUUGGUUGUUAGAUGUUGCAAUUGGGUUGGUUUAUCUGGUCUUUUAUGGGUGUUGCCGCUAUACGUAG